GGGGAUGGCAGCGGUUAUUAACCAGGAUGGAUUUUACAGACCUCUUAACACCUGUAAUGGACUCCACACCAGCCACUUUAACACCCAGCUCUUCUCUGGAGAAUGUCAGCCAAGCAUCUUCUUCCUCAUCGCGGUCUCCUCCUCUACCUCCUCACUCACAGUUGGCGUCGGUCUUCAUCGUGCUGGUGGUCACGGUGAUUAUCCUGGGGACUGUGGUGGGGAACGUGCUGGUCGUGGUGGCGGUGUUUACCAGCCGUGCACUACGAGCACCCCAAAACCUCUUCCUGGUGUCUCUUGCGUCAGCAGACAUACUUGUGGCGACUCUGGUCAUCCCCUUCUCCUUGGCGAAUGAGGUCAUGGGCUACUGGUACUUUGGUUCCACCUGGUGCUCCUUCUACCUGGCUCUGGACGUCCUCUUUUGCACUUCCUCCAUUGUCCACCUAUGUGCCAUCAGCCUUGACCGCUACUGGUCAGUCACCAAAGCUGUCAGCUACAACCGCAAGCGGACCCCAAAACGGAUUAAAGCCAUGAUCAGCAUUGUGUGGCUGAUAUCUAUCGUCAUCUCUUCCCCGCCGCUCCUCAUGACACAGAACGAUGAGGGUCAGGAGGUGGAAACGAUGCAGUGGGAGAAGAACAACGGUACUCAGAGGCAGGCGUGUCUUCUCAACAACCAGACGUGGUACAUCCUCUCAUCCUGCAUGGUGUCCUUCUUUGCGCCUGGAGUCAUCAUGAUACUUGUUUACUGUAAGAUCUACCGCGUUGCCAAGCAGCGAGCAUCCACUGUGUUUGUGGCGAAGAACAUGAUGGAACGGCAACCGUCGCAGUCUGAGACGUGCUUCGUGGGUGCAAACCGGGCCUGCCAACGAAAGGGAGCAAGCUCUGACACACCGCAGUACGAGCUAAAGAGCCCACAGCCUGCACUCCGCCAGAGUUCUUCCAACAUAGAGCACGACAGCAGCGACGCCAGAAAAGGAGAGCUGGACGAUAUUGACUUAGAGGAGACGAACUGUCAAAAUGAUGUGAAAAACACAUUUUCCUCUUCUCUCCGAUUCGCUAGGAAAGGCAGAGGGAAGGUGAAAACGGAGGAGGGAAAGAGCGCUGAUGGAACAGUAACCAGGCUAAAUCCUCCUCCUCCAUCACUCGCCUCCAUAUCAUGGGCAUCAUCCGACCACUGCUCAAACCACUUCCUCCUCCCUUCUCCUGUGCCUCUCCAAAGCAGGCAGAUGUCUCUCUCCAAAAAUAAAAUGGCACAAAUGAGGGAGAAGCGUUUCACAUUUGUUCUGGCAGUGGUAAUGGGGGUUUUUGUCCUCUGCUGGUUCCCGUUUUUCUUCACCUACAGUCUCCACGCUGUUUGCCGGGAGAACUGCACCAUCCCAGACACACUUUUUAACCUCUUUUUCUGGAUUGGAUACUGCAACAGUUGCCUAAAUCCCAUCAUAUACACCAUUUUUAACCGUGACUUCAGGAGGGCUUUCAAGAAAAUUUUAUUUGAGACUCAUAAACGAACAUGAGAUCUUAAUGUGUGUGUGUUACUCGUGCCGUGCCGCACACAGGGAGUUUGCGCACACAAUCUUGUUUUGCACUGUGCUGUCUUACUGACAUUAAAGGGCUUGCCGUA